GACUGUUCCAGAAUUAAUAGGAAGGUUUAAUAAAACCCUGAGAGAAUUGAAAAAAGAUAUCUUUAACAUACAAACACAGUAUAGGAGUUAUAGAGAUGCUAUAGAUAAUUUGAAGAGUGAUGAAAUCGUUCUACACAUCGAUUUCAGCGAGAACUAUAGCUUCAAAUGUUUUGAAGAAGUGGAGUGCCAUCAUUUUGGCGGCUCGAGGAAGUAGGUUACCUUAAACGCACUGCAGAUAAAAAGGUAGCGACUGGUUCAGAUAUUUCUGAUUCAGAAACUUUUUUCCACACAAUGAGGAACUCGAGCAAGGUCCGUCUGUACUUGGUGACUAAUAAUGACAUUGAAAAUGUCGAAAAAACUGUACCAAAAAAUGUAGUACCACUCCAGGGUACUAUGCAGGUUCAUCAAGUUUUCACUGAUACUCCAGGUGAAUUAAAAUAUAGAGACCUUAGUUGUUUCUGUCAAAGAGGGUUUUGCUUAUGCUUGGAUCCAAAAACCUAUCGGCCAGUUCCUACUCCCGUCGUUGGCAAAAUCAGCAACUCUACAGAAAAGAGUUAUGCAGAUGGAUUGAACAACAAGGAACUACUAGCCGAUAUAUCCAAUGUCCCUACCGAAUCUAGAAGAAGUUACUACAGCAUGGUUUACUCCCCAUCUUCUAGCUCUGACGAAGAGGUUCUUGCAAACUUGGACCAGCCAUCUGUGUCUAACGUGAAAGAAAAACAGCUAAUAGAUAAGGAAAACGUUCAUCCAUCGAAGAUAUCAGAUGGUGUUUACGUUUUAGUUAAAGUUUCUUCCGUUAAAGACACACAUUAUACUUACCUGGGAGUGGCUAAAAGUAGAUACUGUUGAUGAAGAGGGAGACGUCAAGGUUAUGUUUUAUAAGACUGUAGAUUGUACUGCU